AUGUCCCACAACCAAGAGUGGCAGAGCAGCCUUUGCGAUUGUUCGCCUUGCGAUUCUUGUCUUCUUAGCACCUUUCUACCAUGCAUUCUCUUUGGGCGAACUGCCCACCGCAUGCGGAAUGCCCCCAAUGUUCCCGUCGAGAGCACCAACUCUGAGUGCAUGAUUUUCUGCGGCAUUCAGUCUUUUACCGGCUGUGCUUGGAUUUACAAUAUGAUGAGGCGUGGAGAGAUUCGUGAGAAGUAUGGCAUUGAAGGAAGUGGCAUGGGCGACUGUUGCACCUCAUUCUGGUGCCUCUGCUGUGCCCUGGUUCAACAGGACAAAGAAGUUCGAGCGAGACAGGCCCAUGGCCCUAAUACUCAAGGCUACCAGCCCGUCAAAGACGGCAUGCACAUGCCUUAA